UCCGCCCGCGCGCCCGAGGAGGACGAGAGCCUGAAGGGCUGCGAGCUCUACGUGCAGAAGCACGGCGUCCAGCAGGCGCUCAAGGACUGCAUCGUGCACCUGUGCGUCGCCAAGCCCGAGCGCCCCAUGAAGUUCCUGCGGGAGCACUUCGAGAAGCUGGAGCAGGAAGAAAACAGACAGAUCCUGGCCCGGCAGAAGUCGAACUCGCAGUCGGACUCGCACGAUGAGGAAGUGUCGCCCACGCCCCCCAACCCCGUGGUGAAGGCCCGGCGCCGGCGCGGUGGCGUGAGUGCCGAGGUCUACACUGAGGAGGAUGCGGUCUCCUACGUCAGGAAGGUGAUCCCCAAGGACUACAAGACCAUGACGGCGCUGGCCAAAGCCAUCUCCAAGAACGUGCUCUUCGCGCACCUGGAUGACAACGAGAGGAGUGACAUCUUUGACGCCAUGUUUCCAGUCACUCACAUUGCCGGGGAGACCGUGAUCCAGCAAGGGAACGAAGGAGAUAACUUCUACGUGAUUGAUCAAGGAGAAGUGGACGUGUUCGUGAACGGAGAGUGGGUGACCAGCAUCAGCGAGGGAGGUAGCUUCGGGGAGCUGGCCCUCAUCUAUGGCACCCCCAGGGCCGCGACGGUGAAGGCCAAGACCGACCUCAAGCUCUGGGGCAUCGACCGGGACAGCUACCGCCGCAUCCUCAUGGGCAGCACGCUGAGAAAACGCAAGAUGUACGAGGAGUUCCUCAGCAGGGUCUCCAUCCUAGAGUCCCUGGAGAAGUGGGAGCGCCUGACCGUGGCCGAUGCGCUGGAGCCUGUCCAGUUCGAAGAUGGAGAGAAAAUUGUGGUUCAGGGGGAGCCCGGGGACGGCUUCUACAUCAUCACGGAGGGCACCGCGUCCGUCCUGCAGCGCCGGUCCCCCAACGAGGAGUACGUGGAGGUGGGGCGCCUGGGGCCCUCCGACUAUUUUGGGGAGAUCGCGCUGCUGCUGAACCGGCCCCGGGCGGCCACCGUGGUGGCCCGCGGCCCCCUCAAGUGCGUGAAGCUGGACCGGCCCCGCUUCGAGCGCGUGCUGGGGCCCUGCUCCGAGAUCCUCAAGCGGAACAUCCAGCGCUACAACAGCUUCAUCUCCCUCACCGUCUGAGCCCCCUGCCCAGC